AUGUCGAGGCACAGCCUACUUCAGUACCUGCUUGUAACACGCUGGAGAGUUGGCUUUUGUUCUCUACAGAGCAGAGGAAUUCCAAGCUUGCGUAACAGGUUUGCAUUGCAAACUACGGCACCAAGACAAGGAGGAGCAAUGGCAUCGCCCGUCAUGCGCGGAAGGACUGCUUUCGUUGUGACAUCCGGCCGGACCUUCUUGCGAGCCUCACAACUCACCAGGCAUGUAUGUCCGGCGGUGAGGCGAUUUUCUGCCAGCCGCACACCUAGAGCCUCAAUUGAGACUGAAGUUGGUCAGAAAAUGAAGGAUGCGAUGAAGUCCAAGGACAAGGAUGCUCUCAGAGCACUGCGCGGAAUUCGCGCAGCCUUUCUGAACGCCCUAAAGGAAACUGGAAGCGGGGACACGCUACCAGAUGAUGUGGCGAUGACGCAACUGAGAAAGCUUGCAAAGAUGCGCACGGAGAGUAUUGCCAUGUUCCGGGAUGGAGGGCGAGAUGAUUUAGCUGAGGCCGAGCAAAAGGAAUUAGAAAUCAUUGAACAGUGGUUGCCAAGCUUGGUGGGUGAAGAGCAGACUACGGCUUGGGCAAAGGAAGCCAUUGAGAAGACCGGUGCUUCGAAGAAGGGGGACAUGGGUUCGACUCCUCUUCUCAGCCAUCUCAGAGUUGCGAUUGACACCGAAGUCGGAACUAAAACAUCCAGCGAGAAAGCCAGAAUGUUGAACACAGCGUUUGUUUCAUCCCUUGCGGGUGUCAAGUCUGGUUUCCUUUCACAGGGCCUGCCAACACCCUCGACAUGCCGCAAACCAGCGAUGGGCAUCUCGACCAUGGGGCUCGGAAACCUGGCUUCUGGCGCCAAACUCCUGCUCGUGACAGGGGCUUUAACAGUAGGAGCGAUAAUUGUGCUCCCGCAAGCCAGUUCGGCGGGCUUGUUUAACUUCAGUGGCGAGAAGCCCAGCAACGUUGGCUUGCGCUCCGAACGCUACUUGGACAGCUGCCCUGCAUCUCCGAACUGCAUCUCGUCUAUGGCUAAUGCGUAUGACUCGCACUUCGUUCCUCCAUGGACUUAUACAAGUGCAGGAUCGAAGAAGACUAUGGCAGGAGCCAUUAGGGAUGUCACAAAGGCUAUCGAGAACUAUCCUCGAACGAAGAUAAUCGAAAGCCGGCCGACAAAAAGCGAAGUAGGAGAGGGACACUACAUUUAUGCCGAGUUCAAAUCGAAGACGUUUGGGUUUGUGGAUGACGUCGAGUUCUUGUUCCAGCCGGAUCAAUCAACUGUAGAAUAUCGCAGCGCGUCGAGGCUUGGAGAAAAGGACUUUGAUGCGAACCGCAAGAGAAUUAGGGAACUGCGAGUGGCUUUGCAAGAAAUGGACAAGGGCUGGGCUUCCACAGGCUACAACUGAUAUAGACGUUAGCGAUGCGCUUACCCGCAGAAGGGUGGAAGGGACAGGGUAGCAUACAGUGGUGUAGUUGAGUUCAAGGCGGCUUGUCCUUUUCUCUCAUGGCCUUCUCUUUUGCGUUGACAAAAGCCCAUAAACCAGGAUUGAUGUCAUCCUG